AUGACUCGUUUUAGUUACAGUAGUUAUCUUAGUUUACCUGGUUUAUCUAAUUUUAGAAGACAUGCAAAUAGACCAUCACCAAUGCCAACCUCUUCACCUGUAUUUCGAGGAUCACGUAGAUACUAUCCUCCUAGUAGAAAUAUGAAGUUGGUCAAUAAACCCAAAAAAGAUGAAAAUUGUGUAUUUUUUCAAAAAUAUGCAAAAUUUAUUUUGGCACAAGGCAAGCUUUACGAAUUUUACGAGGGAGUGUGUGUGUAUGAGAAAAAUCCACCAUAUCAACGAUUGAAACACACAGAUAAAACCAAUUCGAAUAACGACGACGACAACAACAAUUUAAAUUAUUUAAAAAAAAAAAAAAAAUGUGAAUGUAAACAAGGAGAACGAUGCACUUAUAAACACGAUCCAGAAAAAGUUGGAGUUUGUAAACAUUGGUUGUAUGGAAAUGGUUGUACAAGAGAAAGAUGUAGACUACAACAUCAAAGUAAUCCCAAAGUGAUUCCUCAUUGUAACUAUUUUGUAAUUGGAAGAUGCUUGAAUAAGAAAUGUAAAUAUACACAUAUCCAUGUUAAUUUUAGAGCAAAGAUAUGUAAACAAUUUGCAAACGAAAGGUAUUGUGAAAAGGGAGAGGAAUGCAUGUUCAGGCAUAAAUGGCUCCAACCUGGAGCAAAAGAUACAAUUGCAGAUUCAUCCGAUGGUGAGUCAAAAGUUGUUAGUAAGCGUAAACGGAAUGAAGUUGAUGAUGAUGUAGAUGUUUUUGCUGCUGGGUAUAAGUAUAUACCUUUUAAUAUCAGUGAGGAAAAAUUAAAAGAACAUGAAGAAAGAUGUGACAGAUUGUUUGGGGAUAAAACAAAAAGAAAGAAACUUAGAUAUUUCUCUGAUAUAUAA